CUGCAUCUCUGCUACUCUCUCACUAAAGCGGAUAGAUUUCGGGCUGGGCUGGCAACCCGGGAACGCGCGCCCCCCGCACUAGCAGAUGAUCAGUGGCGAUGUUAACAUUGUCGUCACUCGUUCUGCUGUUCGUACUAGCCAUUGCCAUUCAGGGAGCAUUCGGAACCCAUAAACCUUCUAAAUCGUCAGAUUCUUGCGAGCUUUUUUGGAGCUCCCGGCAAAGUCUUGGCUACGAACAGGGAAUCCAGCUACAAGUCUGCUGCAAUGUAACUAGUGUAAAAAUCUGGGGCUUCCAUGACCCGUCCAACUUCAAAAUCUCUCGAGUCGUCUUCGAAUCCGAUUUCCCACAAGUAGCUGACGACAUGUAUUCAGAACUUCAGUUAUCGCUCUGCUCAGAUCGGCCGGAACCAACAAUCGGUUGGGUAGGAGCAAAGCCCGGAGUACACUGCACCUACAGCACUGGCCAAACCCUGAACAUUCCUCACGGAGCUGUGACCAUCCCGAACUGGUAUGUGAUCUGCUACAAGAUGACAAAUGGAUGCCAGACGUGCAGACUGGAUAUACUCUGCGAAAACGACUUGACCGCCGCCUGUGCCGAUCGUUAUAUACUGGGAUCGUCUCCGAGAGCCUCUAAUGACAGCAUCGAUUACUGGGUGAAGGCUGGCGUGGAAUUUCCUUUCGAAAACUCUUCUCACAUAGAGCUCACAACUUCUGUGCAACGUACACAUAGAGUGGUCGACGUGCAAAACGUUCCAGCAACGGCUGGUACUAAGCAGCGCCUUGUUGUAAACAACCUGGAACCAAAUGAAGUUUAUGACAUCAAAAGAUGUGUUGUCACUCAUCUGCCUUCAUCACUGACGACAGAUAGGCGUUUCUCCUUUGGCAAUGAAUCAAAUCGGCUUUGUUCCGAAGAGGGCUAUCGAACACAACCAAGCAGCAGUUCUCACCUCACUGGCCUUUGCCUCGUAUAUUUUGCAAUGUUUAUGUAUGCCGCUCUUGCAGCAGUGAUCGUAAAUCAGAUUGACAAGUUCUGGCUCGUGCCAAUGGGACUGUUGCUUUUAGUGGGCAGCUAUGCCAUUCUCUUCAUACAUGCGUUUACUCACAAUCACAGCAAGACUAAUAUAUCCUACGCGGAUGCACUCAAGGACGUAACUAAGAACAUCUCGGAAUCGGCAACCACAACGUUUUCAUAAAAUUCCCC